CCUUCCAAACACGUGACAGCGGCUGUUCGUUUGUCAAUCAUUGAUUUUUCACCAGCAGAAGCGAAGCAGAAAAACAGGAAAGUGCAUAGCAGGCGCAAAGGCUGAACUGCCCCACUCCCAUCGCCUCAGUUGGUGUAGACUUUCAAGAUGGAUGCUCUCGUCUAGAUAGGUUUCUGUUUCUUUUUCGGAUCCGGCUGUACAUGCGGUGGUCAUCGACAAUUACAAACACGCGGAACACUUUGGAGAUUUUACGUGUGAACGGAUUUGUGAAAGUGGAGCGAAAAAGAUGUGGAUGUCCGGUGAAAUUACGAUUUCAACCCAACCAACGGCGUUUCUUGUAACUUCCUGGUUGUCGCAAUAAUAUGUCUGUAGAAACUGGUGUUAAAGCCCGAGUGACUUUGAGAAGCUCCACGAACACGGGAGUCAUAAGGCUUCACACUGCGUUUGUAAUGUUAAAAACAAGACACGACUGUUUCCAGGGAAGGACAAAGAAGAACGACAGAUUUCAUAACUGUUGAGCAAUGGAGAGAGAAAGCGACGUUUCAUCGAGUACAGGUGUUUUAAGACCUGUGUCAGAAAACACCGACGACUUUAAAAACAACAUUUUGGCACCACUUCAAAGUGCGUAUUUGUUUGAGGAGUCAAAGCAGUCAUUCAGAUACAAGUCUGGCUUUUUGAUAAAGAACCCCGCACUGGAAGAAAAGUACAAUGCCUAUCGAGCCAAAAGAAAGGAUCUGGGAUAUUCUGAAGAGGAACUGAAGGAAACCUACGGGUUUUUAUUGUUCGAUGAACUUAGCAAGGCAAAAGCAGUUGGAGAGGGUGGUGUGCUUACCAGAAACGGGACAUGCUCAACUCUGGGAGAUCCCUCCAAGGGUAUUUAUUUAUCAAUGUACUCUGACUGUCUGGACCUAAAUAGCUGGUAUCAUGGGAAAUCUGGAUACAUAGCCAUCAUUCGACUGACACAGGGGAGAGUUAAAAAGGUUUUGGAAAACUAUACUCAGAAUUUCACUACACCGACUGUGGGCUUUGACUGUCAUGUGUCUGAACAGCUGCCUACAGUUUCCUCUAAAACCAGUUCCUUUCUUGCUUUUGAGAGAACGCAGUAUUAUAUGUAUGAGCUGCUAGACAGUGGAAGUGAUAAAACGGCAGAAGCUCCCAGCCUUGUGUGUCCAUUUGCGGUUGUAGCAUUUUCAUAUACAGACACUAAAGCAACUACUGAAACAACAGAGGAGAAAAGUGCGGUGAAAAAUGUGGCUUUUCCCUAUUUAGCAUGGACAGGUCAACUUCAAUUAGGCACCCAAUUUCACAGUGUUGGGCUACGAUCAACAGCAGGGUCCUUGGUCCGUGCAAAACUGCCACCAGUUGUUAAAGUUGAGCGAGCCAUUUCCAUGUUGGAUCUGAGACAGCUGUUGCCAAGAGCUGCCUUUGAAACUUCUUUCUCUGGAGAAGCCUUUCUAGAUGGCUUGUACUGCAGUCUGUGUGAAUUAACCGUUUCUGUGGUUGAAGAAAACAGCUCUUUCUCUCAGCUUUUGCAGGAGAUCAAAUACAAAGACCUUGCUUUCACUGUUCCAUUGGAUGAUGCUGGUUUUCUUAUCCUGUUGCACUCUUCCCAUUUCUGCAUGUAUGAAAAUGAUACUGGGUCUAACUCAAAAGAUGUUCUGCAAGGCAUGUUUGUGUUUCCAGAUUCUCAAGUCACACAGAGAGAUAUCAAAUUUGAACAGAAGAGGCUUGCCAUUCCAUCUGAUAUUCAACGGGCACUUCCACUGCUAACUUAUGCAGAGGGUGAAGCUGAGAAAACACUUCUCAACCCAAGUAAAGAACGCAAUAAAAUAAUUGUCCAGCAUAUGCAAAGUUAUGCAGCACUGAUAAAUCCUGUGCUUGCAUUAAGCCCCCUCAGGGAAGUCAGUAUCUUUGUGGAUCAGUAUGAUGUACCUGAUGCCCACAAACACCUUUAUGCUUCCCCUGAGUGGACUGACCUGUCAUGGCAGAGCUUUAGGUCUUACUUGAGCAAACCAGUCUCCUUUCAAGUGCCAGUUUUGACAGCCACAGAAAUUCUGGCAGCCGGACAAGAGGAUCGAAGAGAAGAGCUUGACGAUGAUGUCUACAUCUGUUUGUCAUCUCCUGAGGAGGCACCUGCAGAUUUUGUCAGUAAAGCAUCAGAAGAGCAAGUAGACCAGAGAUUUUCUCCAGAUACUGAGACUUCUCCAGCAGAAGCCAAGUCCCCUGCAGCAGAUGCCAAGACAUUUCUUGCAGAAGUUGAGACUUCUCUUGCAGUGUUUAAAACAUCUCUUGCAGAGGUUGAGACAUCUCUUGCAGAGGUUCAGACAUCUCUUGCAGAGGUUGAAACAUCUCUUGCAGAGGUUGAAACAUCUCUUCCAGAAGUUGAAACAUCUCUUCCAGAAGUUGAGACAUCUCUUCCAGAGGUUGAACCAUCUCUUGCAGAUGUUGAAACAUCUCUUACAGAUGUUGAAACAUCUCUUCCAGAGGUUGAGUCAUCUCUUGGAGAUGUUGAGACGUCUAUUGCGGAUGCUGAGGCAUCUAUUGCGGAUGCUGAGACAUCUAUUGCAGAUGCUGAGACAUCUCCAGCAGAUGCUGGGGCAUCUCUGGAGAGUCAUACAACAAAUAUGGAAAAACGGCUUGUUGUAACAGCUGUCCCUCAGAACACUGUGCCAGAUGACUUCCAGGAUGGAGAGGGCAAAACAAGCUCAACAGAAACAGAAAAAUCAGGGUUAAGAAAUGUCUUGAUUCCCCCUAUAUCUGAUGACCUUCCAGCAGAGCUGAUUGUGAGCAUCACUUCAGCAGCACAAACUGUUAGUGAGGAGGAUCUGACUGUGAUCAGUACUGCAUCAGCUACAAAGCUUAAUGACAGUCAACUUUCUGUUUCAUCCAUGGAAAAAUUACAAAUGGUGGGUCUGAACUCUUUAAAUGAUGAGGUUGUCAAAACCAAACAGACUUUGGAGUGUACAGAGGCCAAAAAUCCUACUAAACCACAUUGGGGAAAACAGUGCAAAGGACAUCCCCGAGUUCAGCAAAAGGGAUCUAAACAUUGUACUGAGACCCCCAGAUUACUGUCACCCAGUAAAGUAGUACCAGUAAAGCAUGACACUGGCAAUGUCCGAAGGGCUAAGCGGAAAUUUGGGAAUCUCCUAUCUAGAAGGGAAGCAGGAGAAGAGAAACAGCAAGACUCUCCAAAGGAUAUGUUGGAAGACACAGUUUUACAUGAACUAGAAGCUUACUCACUAAGAAAGAAAACCGAGCGGUGGGACUUGAAACCAGUUAUCAGUGAAUGCGGAAAAAUUUUGGUUCCUCAUGGCACUCUGGAAUUCACUGAUAAAAUUGAAUCUUUGAAGGGGAAGCUUUGGUCUUCAGCAGUUGAACAGUGCCCCGAAAAAAUGUUGGUUGAUGCCCCUGUGCAUACUGGAACCAUGGGUGAAAUGGAGCAUGAAUCUAAUGAUGUUUCAGAGACGCCACAGGGUAAAGCAACUGUUCAGGAACACCUUUUGGAGACCCUCUCCUCAAUGAAGUGUGCAUCAAAAGAGGAAACUAUGUUGACAAAGCUGAAAUCAGUUCUUUUCAGAAGUAAAAGAAAAGGCGAUCACGUCUCACAGAAGCCCAAUGCAGAAACUGCCUCUGACUCCGAGGUUUCUCCAAAAAAAAUAAGAAGUGACUUGGAUGAUGAGAUGCUGAAGAGUAACAAUGCAAUUACAUGUGUCCAGGAGACCAAUGUGUGUGUCCAGGAAGUCUCUAAGAUGCUAUCAGUUGACCUUGUUUUUGCGCAGGCCUUGGGCCUUACUCCUAAAGAGACACCAGAUAAAUUACAGAAAGCUGUUGGUCACAAAGUUCAACAAAGGAAAGACUCGCCAGAGACAGAAGAACAAAGCAUUGCACACAAACAACCACAAAUUAUUCUGCGACCCCCUUCCAUUUUCCCAAGAAGAAGUAGGAUUAAAAUGCUCAAAAAGCAUCAAAGCGUUCCUGCCGAACACAUUAGAAGCAAAUGGUGGUUGCAUUUUCAAACCCCAGCUUGUUUUGACACUGAAAAACUCAAAUACAAAGAGUGUGGUAGGGAUAUUUCAGUCAGGAAGACUGUUAAGGAAAGAAUGCGGGCAGCUUGUUCACCUACAGAUGCUUUGAACUUGCUUGCUGACUUGGCACUUAGUGCCAAUAAAGACCAGGUUCCACCACAACCAGCCCAAGCACUUGCAACAAAACCUGAGUCAAGUUUGAAGAAUUGUGACCUUACAAAAGGUGUUACCAGUCCUGAAACAGAGUCAUUUCUUCAUGCUUUACUUAGACAGCCUGCUGCUAGACCCAUUCAGCCUCUUGAGCCUCCUUCACCGAGCCCUGUUUUGGGAGGCAGUGAAUUGGUUGAUGUGGUAUCUAUAGAACAUGCUUACUCAUUGCCCCCAUCUUCCUCUUUACUGUUGGGUUUGCCAGGUACACCUUUCCAAGUAUCACCUUUAAGUGGUUCUACCAGACUUCUGCUCCAUCCCCAGCAAAAGUAUAGUGAUGGAACACAAACACUACAACCCUCUGUUUAUCUGGAAGAAAAAGUUGAACUCAACCAAAGGACUCCAGGCUGGCUGAAAAAAUGCACACGCAGGAGAAAGUUUCGACACUCAAGGACCUUUGUUAACAAGGAUAGAACUGUCCAAGUCACUAGGCAAUGGGAAGAAAACUAUGACUUUAAUCUAGACAGCAGAUUUACAAUUGACUCACUGGAUAAAGCUGUCAACAGAGCCUUACAUGGCCCAUGGGAUCUCUCCAUGUAUGACACCACUGAAGAGGUGCGGCUCAUCAUCCACAUGUGGAUAGGGCUCUUUUAUAGUCGGUCCACAGCCAGGUUCUUUCAUCUUGACCCAAACUUUACAUUUUCACCUUCAGAAGACAGUAAUGGUUUGGAAAUGUCCAGUGGCAAGAUGUCAGAUGCAUUACAUUCAGAGCCUGUAUCUAAUGAUCCUGUGCCAAGUGCAACUGACACUUCACCCUCACAAGCUCUGGACCUGAGCAAAAACAGUAACUCUGUCUUGGACCAGGGAUCUGUUCUUUUGGAUUUGUCACUGAGAACCACUGAUGCAGACGUUGCCACUUUGGAUCCAAAAGUCAGCAACAAACAUUUACUGGAGACCGAUGAACAGAAAGGACUUUGUGAAACUCAGAAUGCAUUGAUACCAUCCCUGGGACUACAUGUGGCGAGCCCAUUUCAGUGUUACAGGAAUAUGGUACACUCCAAAGGAAUUGUUCGUAAGGUGAAUGAUUCCAGAAGUAUCCAUGCAAAGCAGAGGACUUGUGUUCCUUCACAGAAAGAUGACUGUCUAGAGCAUACUGAUAAACCAUCUUCUGAAAAUGACAGAAUUUCAGUAGGAGGAGGAAAGGAAAAUGUAAGCAUUCAGUUACCAAGUGUUCCUCCUGCUUUAGAGAUUAACAACAUGUCACAUGGAUCCUGCAAUGAGAGAACAGGUUUCAAAGAUGGAAUGGAACAUUCAGACAAUACCACGAUGUGUUUGGUGCAUAAACCAGAAUUAGAUUUGAAGAAAGUGGUGACAUGUGAUGAAGUCAAAUCCAACACUGACCCAAGAAUUGAGCUUCAUUCAGUUGUGCAUUACAAAAAUGUAUCCAAAAAUGGUGAAAACUUUGAAGUGAAAGAUGAUUCACAUGCCACUGGAGCCACUGUAGAAGAUUCUUCAACAGUGGUUUGUACAGAUGAUAAUUCUACAGAUAAAAAGCCAGAUGCAGUGUGCAAUGAACAUGUUUUUGAAAAGGAAACAAGGCACUUAAAAGUGCACUCACCGUGUCAGUCUGAAAAUGCUGUUGAAGACAAGGACUGUACAGAACACGAAAGUAAAGUGAUUGGAGAUGGAAAUUCCUUUGAAAAAGAAGACAAAUCCAAGAAAGAUGUGGAAACUGGCAGCGAUUUGAGUGAUCAGCCAUUGUCUAUCGUUUGUGAUGGACCUGACUCUGUAAAGGAUGAUUGCAUUCCAGAAUUGGAUUGCCAAGCUCCAGUUACUGAGGAACAGUUGCAAGCAGGCAGCAGAAGAGGUGCAGUUAAAGACUUGCCUUUUAAGAGGCUGUGUGCAAAUGACAAUGUGUUGCCAGAUAAAUGUGCUGUUUCAGAAAAUGCUUUUAUAAAUAAAGAGGAUGUUAAUAGAGAAACUGCCACUGAAACAUGUUCAGAAAAUAUUUGUUUGUCAGAUAAGGCAACAUACAAGAACAGCACAGCCUGCUUAGAUGUGUCUAAAGCAGGUGAGCCCAGUAUCCAGAUGGACAAUCUUGAGCCAGUAAUCCAGGCUGAAUUAAUGACAAACUUAAACAUGCAUAAUGAAGGUGACAUUAAAUCAGUGAUGGAACAGCAAAAAGUUGAUAAUACUACCCAAGAACCAGUUGAUCACCAAGCUCCUGUAUUUCAAGAUGAGGUUAUAAAAAACAUGGAAACUGAAUUGGGAAUGACUGAUGAACUAUAUGUCAAAUAUGAUGAAGAACGUAAGGGACUCUGGAACACCCACGGUAGGGUUAUAAUUCCAUUCAUUGGUGUUGACACUUCCUUUGAGGAAAUAAUGGAAUCACGGUUUUCAGAUCCAAAAUGGGAGGUUCAAGGCAAGGAGGCAAUACCAUUCAUCAGUACAACUACAGGUACUGAAGAGAUUCUGCUCACAGAGGUAAACAGUGAAACUCAUGUGAACAGUGAACAUGCAGAACUGUUUUGUGGUAAAAUGCCAUUCAAUGCAAGUGACACCAAAGAACAAGUGGUCUGCAAAGAAAGUGGGUCUGAUGACAGAUGUCCUACCCCAACCAUUGAUGAAAGACCUUAUCGGUAUGCAUUUUCUGGCCCUACAGCUGCUUUAAAUAGUGUGAUUCACAGAGACAUCACUCUUAAAGACCACAGUAGAAGUUCAACACCUGUGAUGGAUGAAACCGCUCUUGAACACAAGUCCAUAUUGAGCGACUCUUUCUGCGAUGGUGUUAAAUCUGAUCUUGAACUAAGAACACUUAGAGUCCUACAGAGUGUAGGUGAGUUCUUCACACUGCCCCACACAAAUGAAUCCAGUCAGACUCAAACAGCUGAAAACAACACUCAUCCCCAAACAACAUUUCAGCAUUAGCAUCUACCUCACAAGAACUCCAUACAGAAUCACCAGAGGAUGGUCUUGCAUUGUCAUUCACAGAUAAGUUUGAGGAAGCAGUAGGUGUUAAGCUCCAAGUCAAGAAAAUGAAUUCAGCAGUUCAUCAUGCCCCCAGUUUUGGACAAGUAGUUAAAUUACAGGAAGACUCUGUGCAGCAAGAGGAUUCCAACAGACUCUUUUCGUCAAGUGAAUUUUUACAAACAAUUACAACAAGUGAUGCAGAAGACAGACCUAAUACAAAAUCAAAGUCAAAUUUGGGCCAUGAACCCUGUUCAACCAGUCACCGUCCUGUCAUGGCUGUAAAACCAUCCAAAAGUGAUGAAAGCCAAAGAGAUUUCAUCUCAAAAGAUGGAUCAAGUGAACAGUCAGCUUCCUCCAAAAAUGCAGAGACUAAAAUCCCAAAGGGAAAAGUAUCUACACCUAAGUCCAUGCCUUCUGUCAGAAAGACAACAAGUUUCAAGUCUGGUGGACAAAAUGUUGAUCACAAAGAAGCCAGUGAGCUUUCUUUCAAGGAUAGUAGCACCUCAACUGACAGAAGGUUUAACUUGAAUAAAGAUACAUUUCUACAUUGUGAUUCUUUUUAUCAGCACCAACACAUGGACAGUCCAGCAUUUGGGACUUCAACAUCGUCUUUCUCUGUACAGCCCUUUAAUCCCACAAACACUGCCUCCAAGCAUUUUGAUGGGCAUCAACAAUUACGGAAUUUUUCUAAGAAAGUUGGGGCAGCAAAAUCCAACCUUGGUGAGGAUCCAGAUGAUUGCUUGCAACCAACUUCUUUUGUGGAUUACAAAACUAAUAAAGUAACAGAUGACACCCUUAUUCCAGGAACCCAAACCUCCCUUGUAUGUACAGUCCAUAAUAAUACCAAUGAAAAGAGUUCUUGUUCUUUUCUGGAGCAAGUUUCUAGCAGGUGCUUACAAGAGGACCCCACUCAGGCAUCAAUGGACCAAGAGUGCCUUAUCUUCUCAGAACAAAUGAAACGGCUUUUGAAAAGGCAAUUUCCUCACCAACAGGCACCUGUGGACAAAUCAGAACUCCCAUGCACUGGCUGGAUGACUGUGCACUUUUCCAGUCUUGAUGAGGAAGAUGAUUCAAGUGAGGACUUUGAGGUGCUCCCAUCACUUGUUGGACAAAAAAUUAAAGUAGACAUGUCUGACAGAAACCAAUUGAGAGAUGCCACAGAAGAAAAAAGGCCUUUACAGCUUCAAAAAAUUUCUUGUGACACAAGAAACCCAAUGGACAAGGUUGGGGUUUCUGCUAUGACAGAAGAGUGUACCAGGCUAUAUGAGGACUUGAUGAAUGACAUCUGUUCUGGCUUGAAGGUCUCAUCGACAACCAAGCAUUCUCAAAUGCAUGGGGGUCAUCCAAAGAGUGAUCCAGGCAAUUAUUUUGACUUCUGUAGUCAAAUGAAGAGAGAGCUUGAUGAGAGUUUUCGCAGUCACCUGAAUUCAGUUGUGAAGAAAUCCUGCAAAACAAAAUACAGAUUCUUCAUGUUGGUGACAUCAGACAGCGCCUUUUUUGAAGAAACGAAGGUACAUUUAGAAGCAGAGGGCCACACUGCUGUACAUCCAUCUACAUUUUUUCUGGAUGAGGAUAGUCCAUCUCUACUCAUCAUUAUCAGGAAUGAGGACAUUGCAGAGCACAUUUGUGAGGUCCCACAUUUGCUUAAGCUGAAGAUGUCCAAAGGUGUACGGUUUGUAGGAAUAGACGAACCAGAUGAUAUUGUGAAUCUAACACAUCAGGAGCUCUUCAACAGGGGUGGUUUUGUAAUGUUCGAUGGAGCAGCACUGGAUUCCCUCAGCCUUUGUAACGUGAAAAAAUUGGCUGAUGUUUUGCAAGAGCUAAGCCAAACGGGAAAGUGGAAAUGGUUUAUGCACUACCGAGAGAGUCGUCGAUUAAAAGAAAAUGCAAGGUUGUGUACUGAAGCAAAGGAGAGGAACCUCUUCUUAAACAAGUGCCAAGAUGAAGGAAUACUGGAGCUUUUGCCUUAUCACGAGUGUGACCUCAUGUCGAGACAACAACCUGACUAUCUCACUUGCCUUUGCCAUCUGCAAGUCCAGAAUAUCUCAGCCCGUUACCCUGUUUAUGUAACAGAUAACACAACAGACAACACUUUUGGAAGGAGUGGAAUCUUAACAAUGACUGUCAACUCUUUCUUGAUGAACUCGGUAAAUAUAUUCACUUGAAAAAGUUGAUGACAGCUGAAGACGAUUGAACUGUACCAUAUGAUUGCAAGUAAACGAAAAUUAAAAACUCUUCUAUUGGAGGGGAGAAUCUGUGAUGAUUCUUUAAAAUAUAUUUCUUUAGUAUUCACAGCCCACCAUUUCAGCAAAAAUCGUGUUUAACAUUCAGUUAAUGAUUGAAGUGACAAUCAUGCCAAUAUGCAGGCAGAUGUCUAUGUAUAUACUGUAUGCAACCUGUACAUUGUAUUUUUAUCCUAGAAAGCUAUUUUUAAGUCGAGCAUAUAUUUUUUUCCCCUUAAAACCCAGACUAUUCAGCAUUUGAUCAUUUGUUGGAUUAGUUUGUCUUUUAUGGUCAAAAGGCUGUUCAGAUUUUUGAUUUUCAUUAUUGUAAUUAUUAUAAAUAUAUUAUUGUGUUUCUGUAACUUUUUUUUCUGUAGGUACAUUCUGGCCAAAGUAGGCUGUUGACAAGCUAUGUAUGUUACAUAUUUAAUAUACUUUACACUGUUAAAGCUACUCGCAAUGAUUCUUAGUAUGUUUUUACUGCUUGUUUAAUUUUGAUAACAUUCAGUCUGUACAGUGAGACAACUGAGAAUAAAGAGAUAUUUUGGCUGUUUUA